CCAAAACACCGAACCAAAAAUCACACUGGCCAGCAACAAAACACAUCCAUGACGGCUCUCCAUCCUCCUAGCUUAGCUAACAAGCUGUUAGCUAAAUGGGAAUCGUCGUCCUAAACAACAAAUGGCUGAUAUGGAGGAGGAAGCUUUCUGUGGCGUGGGGGAAAUCUCCUUGGGUUUAAGGACCGAUACGUCAGGUUGCUUCUUGCACUCGGGAUCACGAAGCUGCAAGAGGGUGUCGGUGGCUUAUAGGCACAAAGCAAGAGAGGCAGAGAUCUGCACAUCACAGGCUCAAAGAGCGAAAACCUCACCCAAAGCACAGCAGCCACAGAGGACCAUGGCAUUUGCAGGGAUGCUGAGCGACGAGGACAUCAAGGCUGCGGUCCAAGCUUGUCAAGCUCCAGGCACAUUCAACUACAAGUCAUUCUUUGCACAAGUGGGACUGACCAGCUCAUCUGAAGCCAAGGGGGGGGAAGUGUUCACAGUCCUGGACCAGGACAAGAGUGGAUACAUUGAGGAGGUGGAGUUAAAACGGUUCCUUCAGAAUUUCUCUCCAGGGGCGAGGGAGCUGACUGUGGCUGAGACCAAGACUCUGAUGGCUGCAGGAGAUAAAGAUGGCGAUGGCAAGAUUGGGAAGGAAGAAUUCUGUCAGCUGAUAAAAUAUAGAGAAUAAACACAUAAGGCCACGGCUGUCUCUCCCUAUUUCUAACAAUGGAUUUGUUAUGGAAAUCCUGAAAUUCCAGACUGUUUGAUGCAAAGACCAGAAACCUCAGAUGUCC